GUGGGGGGGGGCACCAAGCUGCUGCUGCUCCACAGUGCGAAGCGCCUUGGCCCGGGUUACACAAAGGCACCAACAGCCUUCUCUUCAUUAUACAAAGGGGGACAUGAUCCGCCGGAUGUCCCGGCUCGGCCGCCGAAGUGAUGCCGCCUGCGGGACCGUGUGGGCAGUGGAAAUGAAUUGACCUUCGCCAAAGGACAGCUCCGUUCGGUUGUGCUGGCGGCUGGAGGGAGCAUGAAGUUUGCGGUUGCGGUGUUGUGGUUCUCCCUGGCUCUCGGGAGGGCUACUACGCAAGAUCCAGAGGACAUGGUGUCACUGGCUGAGUUGGAGGAUUCCUUGUUGCGGAACCUUUUCAGGGGUUACCAGAAGUGGGUACGGCCUGUACAGCACGCCAACGACACCAUCACUGUACGCUUCGGACUCAAGAUCUCACAGCUGGUUGAUGUGGAUGAAAAGAACCAGCUGAUGACUACAAAUGUCUGGCUCUGGCAGGAGUGGGUGGAUGUGAAGCUGACGUGGGACCCAGAUGACUAUGGAGGUAUCACGUCCAUCAGGGUGCCUUCAGAGACGAUAUGGCUGCCUGACAUCGUCCUGUAUGAGAAUGCGGACGGUCGCUUCGAGGGCUCUCUGAUGACCAAAGCCAUUGUGCGCUGGGAUGGCACCAUAACGUGGACUCCACCUGCCAGCUACAAGUCCUCCUGCACCAUGGAUGUCACGUUCUUCCCCUUUGACCGACAGAACUGUUCCAUGAAGUUCGGCUCCUGGACGUACGACGGAAACAUGGUGGACCUGGUGCUGGUGGAUCACUAUGUGGACCGUAAAGACUUCUUUGAUAACGGCGAGUGGGAGAUCCUCAAUGCCACGGGAGGGAAGGGGAGCCGGAGGGACGGGGUGUACUGGUACCCAUUUAUCACCUACUCCUUCAUCCUCAAGAGGUUGCCCUUGUUCUACACCCUCUUCCUCAUCAUCCCAUGCCUCGGCCUGUCCUUUUUGACUGUGCUGGUGUUCUAUUUGCCAUCAGACGAAGGAGAGAAACUGUCACUUUCCACAUCUGUGCUGGUGUCACUCACUGUGUUCCUCCUUGUCAUAGAAGAAAUCAUCCCUUCAUCCUCAAAGGUAAUCCCACUGAUUGGAGAAUACCUGCUCUUUAUCAUGAUCUUUGUCACCUUCUCCAUCAUCGUUACCGUCUUUGUCAUUAACGUCCACCACCGCUCCUCCACGACCUACCACCCCAUGGCUCCCUGGGUCAAGAGCCUCUUCCUCCAGAGACUGCCCAGACUGUUGUGUAUGAGGGGUCACACUGACAGAUACCAUUAUCCUGAUAUGGAGAUGCGCAGCCCAGAGCUGAAGCCCCGCAGAGGUGCAGGAAGAAGGGGGGUUCCUGGCCACAGUGGCAGCCAGCAGAGAGGCCCCCUGGGGGGGAAGGAGGAUGACAACCAGGCCUGGCUGGCCAUGCUGGAGAAAGCCACAACUUCAGUCCGCUACAUCAGCCGGCACAUCAAAAAGGAGCACUUCAUACGUGAGGUAGUACAAGACUGGAAGUUCGUGGCUCAGGUGUUGGAUAGGAUUUUCCUCUGGGCCUUCCUCACGGUGUCGAUACUAGGAACUGUUCUCAUCUUCACCCCAGCUCUGCAGAUGUACUUCAGCACACCUUAAUGAACACACACACACACGAAUACUCUCCAAAAAAACACCAUUCCUGUUUGCCAGUUUGUCUUUUUAAUUAUGACUUAUUGAUGAAGCUCAGUAAAACAUUCAUACUGUUCAUUUUUAUUGUAGGAACAAGCUCGAGCUACAAACCUUUACCUCCCUACAGUAUGGUCUGCAGCCUGUGAUGACUACUGGAGACUGUAAUGUUCUACAUGCAACUGGUCAUUUAUUUUAGGUUGCAUGCACAGGAGUGAAAGCAAUAAGCAGGUUAUAGAAGCGUGUUUAAUUUGAAUUUGAAUAACUCUGUUUGUGUAACUGUAACAUUGUCAUUAUACAUGCGACAACAUGCACAAUAAUCACUCCAUGAAUAACGAGUUGUUUUGUGUUUCACAUGCACCUUGUUGUCCAGCCAGCUGUAACUCUACUGCAUGUGCUGUCAUGAUGAUCUCAAUAAAAAAGAAAUCUGAUGUACAAAAUCAGAUUUCAGUCUGCUUUU